AUGACGUGUCUAGAAGAGGCUACUAUUUCAGUAUCGAUGUCAUUUCAUGCAGUUCUUCAGGGCCUGUCCUUCGACCUCACGGUCUCAGCUGCAUUGCCGUCCGCGCUGUCCGGGCCUGCAUUGGGUGCCACCGCCGCCUGCAUCACACCAAUGCGGCAAAAAGUCGCCCUCCGUUCUCAGCCGCCCCGAACCCGCUUUGUCCUCCCUUUGUGCCCCAGACCAGGUCGCCAGAAAUCCUUCCCCUUGCCGCGUCCUUCUCCCUCCAACGGCCCCUUGGCUGCCGCCCGUCGAGAAGAGCCUCUGACCAGUUUCCUUCCGAGUGUCGCCGAGGACGCUGCAGGACGGACGGCGCUCAAGGAACACGCUGGCGGCCCCAGCAGGCAGAUCAUGCAGCCUGACGCAGUACAUAAACCAGUCUUCAAGAUGCGUGCUGGCUCUCUACCCCGCCGGCUUCAGAGCCUACAUUCCUCUACCAAAUUCUACUUCACGACCAGAAACCCAAGAGGAGAAAGUAUAGAAAUGCCAAGAAUACCCAAAGAUGCCGUAGACAUUACCCCAGCAUCCACGGCAGUUAGUCCUUCAUCUCCACGGCGCCUCGGGAGAACGCCGGCACAGCGGUUUGUCGGAAUCGGCUAAGACGCAGAUCUUCAGUGUACGGAGUGACUGCCAUAGCGACGCUCGGAACCUACAAGAAGGAAGAAAAGAAUAAGUUACAGCGAUGAAAACAACAACGCUACGAAUGAACGCAGGAGGGAGAGAGGAGAACGGCGCUGUAAGUGAAAGUCGGAGUAGGUAUUCCCAAGAUUUGGCGCUGUGUUCUAAGGCGUCUUGGCCGCCAGUUUCCCGCUGCCUACCGCCCACCGCCCUCCUUCUUCCUCUCUCUCGGCCUCUCAUUAUUACAACUUCAUUCCUUUCCCUUAUAUGGCUUUCGUAGGCCUAUUGAUAAAGUCCCGCCCCCCUUUACUACCACCACCCACACACCAACCCUCACCUUCCUCCUUAUCGAGGAAAAUGUGCGAGCAGCAGUGUUACGUUUUAGAGGAUACAUUAUAUAUUAUCACGCCUGCCAUCCAACGGAAACCUGUGUCUCAGCGAUGUUUGUUGCUCUGAAGGCUAAAGUACGUAUCUAGGUAACGUGGAGGAAUAUCGGUGAAUUUCUUAUGAACGUGUAGGAAGAGUAGGCCUAUAGU